UUUCACCAACAGAGAUAAACUUAAUGGAAAAUCGAGAUAUUUUUAUCGAGAUAAAAAGUUAAACUUGAAUUUUAAUCGCGAUGAUCUUGUGUCCGUUUCACCACGACUUAUCCUCUUCCCAGAUAAUCGAGAUAAUAAUAUCUCGAUAUUCAUUAUAAAAUCCCGAUUUUCUUUUUGAAAUCUCGAUGUUCGGAAGAAAAGUAAACAAAUAUCGCGAGUAGGUUUGUUGUUAUUCAAGUCGUGUAGCGAUAAUAAAGAUAAUGGAAGCUAAAGAAAACACUUGUUCCGCCAAAAAACCACGAAAUAAGAAUUUAUCACCAGAAGAAAAAAUUGUUUUGUUAGAUUUGGUGACAGAACAUUUUAACAUAAUUGAAAAUAAGCGCACGGAUGCAGUAACACAACAGAACAAAUUGAAACAGUGGCAAAUUAUUGCAAGUAGUUUCAACUGUGUGUCAGGAGUCCAUCACAGGUCUGCAGAUAACCUGAAAUCUGUUUGGGAAAAUCUGAAGAAGACGACACGGAAACAGUAUGCAGACGAAAAAGUUCAGAUGGUAACUGGGACAGGUAUGUUUUGUAUAAAAAUAUUUUCAACUUGUAUUACAAAAUGUAACAUUUUAUUUUGUGACUUACUAUACAAAGUGAAAGGAAGUGGUUUAAUAUAUUUUUACAAAUGGCAAUGUACAUUGACAAUUAAUUUAAUUAAAUUGAAUACAUUGUUUUUUUCAGGUGGAGGACCCCCCACAAAGUGUACAAAUGACCCUAUUUUGGGCCGCGUAUAUACUUUAAUAAAACCUGUAGUUAAAGGACACAAUAAUAUCUUUGACUCAGACUCAGAUGCAGUAAUGGUCAAUACAUUACAAUGCAUAAGUGAAUCAAACAACACAGAAGAAAAUGCAGUCGUAGAGCUGGAAAUAGGUUCGAUGGUGGACAUUGCUACCCUGGAGACUCAAACUAGUACACUUCUUAAUGGAGACUGGUCCCACUACACUCCCUCAAUGCUCAGAGGCCCCAUAUGUCCUGCUCUUGUACCACAAAAUAAUGCCAGUUCAACAUCAUCAGUUUCACCAGUGAUAUUCCCUUGUGUCAAAGAAACGGUUAUGGUAAGCACUGAGCAAGGCAACUGUGAAAGUACUUCAAGAGACCAUAUUCCCGAUAAUAGUAACAAUGUUGCAAAAUCAGUCCUUGAGUGUCAGUUGCCAAACAUCGCGGGGAAGUCUUCCUGGACUCAGAGACGGCGGCCAAAAUUGCAGUCCAGCAAGAACAAUGAAAUAAGUGCCCUCCAUAAAGCUAAAAUUGAACUAAUUGAAUUAUGUAAGAAAUAUGCAACAGAAGAAAAUGAAGCUAUGAAAGAACUGCGUCAAGUGAGAUUGCAACAAGAACAAGAAAGGCUGAAUCAUGAAAAGCUACAGACUGAAUUUAUGACUCUACAGAUUAAAAAACUAAAGAAAGAAUUGGAUGGUUUAUAAUUUUAUGUUUUAUGUAAUUUGUAUACAAUUUUUCUUUGUAACUCUAUUUACAAUGAGCAUUUCAAAGCAUCUGAUUUCGUAUAUUUGUAAUGAAACCUAGUUGUAUUGAAAAUCAUUAUCUAUAUAUAUAUUUGAUAUUUGUAGCAUUACUAAUUAUUUGACUAAUAACAAUUAUACAUAAAACCAUUUUACAGUUUUUGUCCCUUGAUCCUUGCUGCAACAUCUUCACGAAUUUGUUGAUGAUUUUUUCUCGAGGCCAUCUACAACAAACUGAGACAACAAAAAUUAUUAAAUAUGAUAGGAGUUUGUAUAUGCAAUCGGAUAAAUUUAAUAUUAUUUGUUCUUACCUUCUGAAAUAGUUCUCAAUUAAUGACCGUCUCACUACAUCAUAUCUGGCCCUUCUCUCCACAUUUCCUUCUUGAUCCCUAAUGUAACCUUCCUCCAGCAGUUCAGUCCACGGUUUUUCACAAAUAAUGUUAGGAUCAUCUGGUGGAAUUUCUUCGCCGGCUCGUAUCAAAAUAUUAUGCAGCACUGCAGUUGCCACAAUGAUUGGGAAAGCAUUCUCUAGGCUGACUUUCAGUCCUAAAGCUAAGACUGGAAAGCGCCGUUUCCAGCAUCCAAACAUUCGUUCUACUGGAUUCCUAGAUCGUAUUUGCGAUUCGUUGUAAAGAUGUUCCUGACGACUUGUGGGAUUGUUCAAUGGAGACAUUAGAUAUUUGUUACAACCAUAGCCUGAAUCCACAAGCAAUACCGAAUCUCCAUAUGCUCCUCUUUCAAAGAAUGCUCUUCUAUUACUGUUAUUAAAGACUGUACUAUCGUGUGUGGAUCCAGGCCAUCUGGCAACAAUAUCUUUGAAUUCCACAUUUGGGUCACAAAUGGCUUGAAUAUUGAUAGAAAAGUACCCUUUUCUAUUUCUGUACAACUCUGCAUUUUCUCCUCCUGAAAAAAAAUAUUUUCUGUAUUAACAAUAUGCCUUGACAUAUCAUUCACUUUGAACCUAUGCUCAAUGAUAUUCUUAACAAACCUGGUGACUGUAUUCUGACAUGGGUGCAAUCCAUUGCACCAAUAGCCCUGGGAAAUUUUGCAAUCUGAUAAAAUUUCAUUUGGGCCGAAUGAAUUUCUUCUCUGGUCUCAGGAAAUCUUAUGAAUUGAGGCCGAAGAGCAGCGAUUGCGCAACUAACCCUGUGGAUUAUUCUGUGUGCUGUGGGUUUACUACAACCAACGUAGUCCCCAACAGACAGCUGGUUACAUCCCGUUGCAUAAAAACGAAGUGUUGCAAGAAGUUGAUUCAUGGGUGAAACUGACAUGUUCCUAAAAGUAAAAAUAAAUACUGUUAGUAAUCUAGAUUUAAUUAGAAAAUUUAAAUGGAUGUUUAGAAUCAAAUAAACCUACCUGUCAGAAGGGAACUCUAGUUGGUUUUCAAUAUGUUCAAGUACAAACAUAGCCGAUUGUUUAGAAAGACGAAAGUGAAUCUUGAAAUCAUCCUCGUCAUACAAUUCAAAAUAAUCGCUUCUUUCCUGAAUCCAUCGUGGCCGACGUUCGCGAAAAUGUUCUUCAUCAUCACUGUCCUCAAGAAUUAAAUUAUACAUCGCCCGAGCCAUAUUUCCUCCAAAAAUAUAAUGCAUGCUGUGAUGUGUUUGUUUAUUUUUACAUCUUUAUCCAGAUAUUCUCACUUUAUCCACCAAAUUCCGAGGUUUAAGUAUUCUAUCUCGAUAAUAUCAGAAAAUCGAGAUAAAGUGUGUGAUGAAACACAACAACUAGAACAUCGAGAUAUUUUUGAACUUUAUCUCGAUAAAAUAGCAUUAUCCCUGUUGGUGAAACC